AUGCGCCACUCAACGCUGCUAGGGCUACCGACAUAUCUGCUCCUCCUCGUCACAUCACAGGCUCAGAGCCAGCAGGCUCGUCAACCCAUUGCGAUCCGAAAACUCCCUCUCGCCGCAUCAGAGAAGCUCUUGCCUGAACACUUUGCCUUCGCAGACAGCCCAGCUAUCGAUACAGACAAGGCACCGCUCUUUCUCAGUCCACGAGAAGCGGUACUCGCCGAGCGACUGCAGCUUUCAGUGGACGAAGAGCAGCGCAUCGCCCUCAACGCAAGCGACGCCUCGAGCAGACCAUACCGACCAGCUUUCAAGUCGCAUGAAGAGGAGGGCAGGCGCGAUGGGUGGGACUUGUUGCGGAGAGCAGCCGAGGUGCUCAACGUCCUCGAAGGGAGACAGACCUGCCCUGGGGGUAUGGAAGACUGCAGUAACGUUGGCGCACCCAACAAGUGCUGCAUGAACGGCGAGGUGUGCGUCGAGGUGGACAAUGCCGCCGUAGGAAACGUCGCUUGCUGCCCGGAAGGGGCUGAGUGCGGCGGACCCAUCGGCGCAUGCCCGGAUGGCUCCCCGACGUGUUCAACAGAGCUAGGAGGAGGAUGCUGUAUCCCUGGCCCCCCACCAGUGAUUACAAGCACAACCCAAAGGCCGACAACGAUCACAUCAACAUCAACAACCGUGGUAGAAGGGGACGAGCCUACGACGAUUGUUGUCACAGUGGUCAUUACCGCAACGCCUGAAGCCGAGACGAUUACGAGAACGAGCACCAGCAUCUUGACACCCACGCCUUCAACUACGACCGUCAAUACCGUAGUCAUUCCCCCUUACCGACCGACGUCUGCAGAGUCCCAAACCACGGAGUCAACCACGUUGGAGACGGCACCUGCCGAGACGCCCGAGGAUUACUGCCCAACUGGGUUCUACGCCUGCCUUGCCCGUGAGGGAGGAGGCUGCUGCCGCACCGGUCGCGACUGCGCAACAGUCGACUGCCCUACGACGCCCCUUACGACCAUCACAACGGACGGCGCAACCAUUGUCGUGCCGGUCACAGACGCGAGGGACGCCGCUGACGCGCAGGCCACUGAGACCUGCGCCAGCGGAUGGUUCCUGUGCGGUGACGAGGGAGGUCCUGUUGCCGGCUGUUGCCCGAGCGGGUUCGAGUGCGGGACGGCGAGCUGCACUUCUGCAUCUGCCUCUCAGACGGGCGAGGUUCAGAAGGUGUUUCCGGAGGCCGAGGGUGGGGCAAGGGAUCACGGGGUGCGCUUGAUGAGUGUGAUUGCCCUGGCUAGCAUGGUGGCUCUGGUAGUGCUUGUUUGA